CUUGUUGCUUCCCAUGCAUACGCAACAAACAAUGACUUCUAUUCGUCUGUAUUAUCUCCUCCAUCACCUUUAUGACCCAACCACAACUGUUACACAACAAAAGCAUUAGAUUGUUGCAAUCAAAGGUUGUUCCUUGAAGAAGCAAAAAUUAGUUACGAGCGACCAUGUCGCUGAGACUUUUCCAUAGACUCGACACCGCCAAGACACAGUACUACCACUUCAAGGCUAUCAUCGUGGCAGGGAUGGGGUUAUUCACCGAUGCCUACCAUCUCUUCUGUGUCCCACCGAUCAUGAGCCUGCUCGGACAUGUAUACUACAAAUCCAACGGUUACCAAAUCUCACCUGCCGUCGAAUCAUCCACGCUGGCCGUUGCGCUCCUUGGCACCGUGAUUGGUCAACUCAUCUUCGGCAGGCUCGGUGAUCUUGUAGGGAGGAGGCGCUUGUAUGGCCUCGCCUUGAUGCUCAUGAUGGCUGGCUCCUUCGGGUGCGGAUUCUCCAUGGGCGCUACACGAGGCUGUGUUCUGGCGAGUCUAGGGUUUUUCAGGUUCGUGCUCGGGGUAGGCAUUGGAGGAGAUUACCCGCUCUCGGCGACGAUGAUGUCGGAGUGUGCUAACAAGAGGAUGCGUGGUGUAUUCAUGGCGGCUGUCUUCUCAAUGCAAGGGCUUGGGAUUCUGGCGAGCUCAGCUGUGACGAUGGCGGUGUGCAAGAUAUUUGGCCGAAUUUACCCUUCGUCGCCAAAAGAUCCGACACCAAAGGAAGCUGAUAUGGCCUGGAGGUUGAUAUUGAUUCUGGGUGUUAUUCCUGCCGUGAUAACGUUUUACUGGCGGAUGAUGAUACCGGAAACGGCAAGGUACACCGCUUUGGUGGAAAAAAAUGUCCUCCAAGCUACCAGGGACAUGGAACGAGUCCUAGACAUGUCUGACGGCCAAAUCGCGGAGGGCCAUCCCUUACAGCCGAGCCAGUCAUCCUACCCUCUCUUCUCCAAGCAAUUCUUCCUCCGCCACGGCCGCAACCUCCUUGCCUGCUCCGCCGGAUGGUUCCUCCUCGACAUCGUCUUCUACAGCAGCACCCUCUUCCAAUCCAAGAUCUACCACAAGUACCUGCACGAAGAACAUGCUGGCAAGGCGGUCACCGCCUUCGAGGCUGCCUUUGAGGUCGCGAGUCUCCAGGCCAUUGUGGCAUGCUACUCCUUAAUCCCCGGCUACAUAGCCGCCAUCUUCCUCAUUGACCAUGUCGGGCAGCUUAGCCUCCAAGCCAUCGGGUUCGUCUUCAUGGCCAUCAUUUACUUCUCCAUCGGAGUGCCAUAUGACAUAUAUUGGAAGAGCCACACGGACAAGCUGUUCAUGUUCCUGUAUGGCCUGACCUUCUUCUUUGCCAACUGCGGGCCCAACACGACCACAUUCAUCUUGCCGGCGGAGCUUUUCCCCGCACGAUUCAGGACAACAUGCCACGGGAUCGCCGGGGCCGUGGGAAAGGUCGGGGCGAUAAUCGGCGCCGUGGGGUUUUUGAUGGCCUCACAGGAUGAUGACCAAAAUGGGUACGAGAAGGCAUUGGGGAUGAGAGUUACAUUGAUCAUAUUGGGAGGGAUUUGGGUGUUGGGGAUGGCGGUGACCAACUUGUUCACGAAGGAGACUAAGGGAACAUCACUUGAGGAGAAUGAAUGAAGAUUAGUCUGUUCGAGGCGAGUGAUUUCCCUAGUUCUUAGUUAAAUAAUCCGUACAAAUAUAUAAUUAAUCUGUAUUUUGGAGUAUUUCUGUAAUUAUAUCUUUACAUAUACUCUGAUCGUAAUAAAUCACUAUUGUGAAUAUACUCAA